AUGUAAAACAAUUCCCCUAUAAAAGGAAGAAGAAUUUCAAAUCAAAUCAAAUUAAGUGGUAAAUUAAUGAAAAAGAAAAUGGCAUCAGAAGUAGACAUUAUUGGUCCAUCAGAUUAGGAUACAAGUGCUGUUGACCCAAUUCAAAUUGUUUAGUAUGACAACUUGAAAUCACACAUUAAGUAAUCUUAAAGUGAACUUAAAGUGGGAAAGAGUACUGAUAAAAUUAAGAAAAAGAAAUCUUUAGAUCGUAAUGCGGCCAUUAAAAAGAGUCAAUAAUUGUAUUAAAAGAAGAAGAAAUCAACUAAAAUUAAAAAAAGCGUAAGUGCUGAAAGGGUUUAAAGUUAAACUGUUGAAUUUUCAUCACCAGAAUAUGUUCGUCGUAAAAAGGCUGCCACAUUCUUCAAUGAAAAACCAAGUUCGAUUUAAGAGCAUCGUGAUAGGCUUGGUUUGAGUUUUUUAAAUAAAAUUGGAACUAGAAGAAUAGACCAAAUUCUUGAGCGUAUAUUUUGUGGCUAUAUUUGUGUGUAGGUAACCGCAUGUCAUCCAUUGAACAUUCACAUCAUCAACCACUCACACCUGAAAGACAUUAAUUUCCACAAUAACUCAAACAUUAUAUGAAAGAAAAGAAAAAGUUUUACUCUUAACUUGAAUCUGUUAAAUAAUAAUCAUUUGCUGAAAAACGUAAGCAUAUUGAUGAGAAUCUACGAUCUCUUGCUGAAAUUGCAAAACGCAAUUCCUUAUCAAAUAGUAGAUCCCCUCCAAGAGAUACUUCUAACAAAGCAAGUGCCAAACCAUUAAUGUUGAGUUAUGUUGCAAAUCGUAAGAGUACUUCUAGAAAAUCUGGGGGACCAAAGUCAUUAAAAGAAUAAUUUAAAUAAUUAGAAGCUCGUUAUAAAACUUUAAAAAGUAAUAGUGAUGGUAUUUCAAUGAGAGAAUCUAGAAAUUAUGAAUAAGAAAUGAAGGAUCAUGCAGCAAUCUGUAUUUAAAAAUGGUUUAGAGGACACAAAAUUAGAAAGAUAUCAAAAUAAAAAAAAGAUAAGAAAAUUAUUAAAUUAUAAUAAUUUUAGAAACUCAAAAAUCAAGAAAUUACUAGAUGGAAUAAUUUAAGAGAAUUUUUAGAAAAAUUGUAAAUUAAAUAAGAUAUGAUUGUUAUAUCUGAAUUAAUUGAAAAUUUAAUAAAACAUGCUGAAUUUAAUAAAAUAAAUGUGUUUACUGAUAAUUUUGAAAUGCCUUAAAUAAAAUUAAAACCAUCUAAAUUAAUUGUAGAGAGAAGAGAUGUAUUUCCUACUUAGAUAGGAUAGAUAUUGUAACUUCGUGGAUAAUUAAUAAAGGAAAGAGAAUAAAGAGAAAAAAAUAUACUUAAGGAUUUAUUGAUUUAAGAAAGGAUAUCACCUCGAUCAUUUGGAGUUAAAGAAUAAGAGAUUAUGAAAUGGGGAGAAAAGGAACUAGAAUUAUUAGAACACAAUAAAUAAGCUAUAAAAGAAGGAUGGUAAAAGGCUUAUGAUACCAUAUAAAAAACAUAAAAGGAUUUAAAAUUUGUACAAAAAUUAGGUGUUGAUAAUUUCAAUAAAAUGAUGCCUCUAAGUUUAAGUCAAAGUAAUCUACUAAAAAAUUAAUUGAAUGAUUUAAAAAUAAAUGUAAUAUAUUAUUUAUAUUCACUUAGCUUUUAAGAGUAAGUUAUUCGGAAGAGAAUUUACUUAAUCCAUAAAAGAAAAUACCUUAAUAAGAUUAAGAAUAACAAUUAGUUUCAUAUAAUUCUAACCAAUCAAAUAAGACUCUUUCUUCGUAUAUUCAAGGAUUAGAAGUAAUAAUUUAUUUAAGUAAGGGAUGUUCCAUUAGAAAUGGAAGAGUAAGGAUAGAUAGAAAAUUUAUAAUAUGUUUAGACUCAUGUUGGAUAUAUUCGUUAAUAUUUGGAAGAUAUUAAAUUAAUAGUUCGAAAUCACUAUUAAAAUCAGUUUUUGCAAAUAGUAAAUUUGGGAAUUGGUCCAUCUCCUUUCGAAAUCUUAAGAUUCUUUAGGUUGACUGAAGAAAUGAUUGAAUAAUCAGUAGAUGGAGGUUUCAUUCAUUAGGCUGUCUUAGGAUUAGAAAUAUUUACUUAAAAAGAGAAAAUAAGUUAAGAAGAGGUUUGUAACAAUGAGAUGGAGAGAAUUCACAAUAAAGCUAUAUUUGAUGCUUAUAAUGAAUCAUUGGAUUACUUUAGACCUUUUGGAAUCAAGGGAAAACCAUUACCUUGGAGAAGGAAUGUGAUAUCUCGUUAGAUUAAAGAUUUAGAUGAAACUUUGAAUCAAUCUGCAUCCAAAGUAGUAUAAUGGGCUGAGACCUUAUGUGGAAUAUUAUUACCAUAAGGAAGUUAGAUAGAUAAUGAUAUUUUGCCAUAGGUGAGAGAAGAGAGAUUAGAUAAGUUGUUAAAGUAGGAAGUAAUUAUAUUAAUUAAUAAUAAUUAGGUACUUGAAAAUGAUGAUAGAUGGUAAGAAUUUGAUGAAGAACAUACAGAGGUGACAUUAGAACUAAGUGAAUUAGUUUUUAAUCAUCUCAUUACUGAGGUGAUAUAGGAAUUAAGAAAUUGA